AUGGUGAAUAUUGCCUACAAGAGUAUAGUAAAGAACAGCAAUUAUCCCAGAAAGUGUCCUUUGCCCAAGGGCUUGUACUUCUACCGCAACAUUAACCAGCGUGAUCAUUUGAUUGUGACUUGGGAUUCUUUCAAUUGUAACGUAAAUCGCGAUGUUAUUGGCUCCUACAGAUGCUUCAUUGUUGACCCGGAGAGAACUCUGCUAACGGCCGAAUUUGACUAUGGUCGAGCAUUUCCACAUAUUAAUAUUACCCUAGCACUCUAUAUUGGACGAGGAAAGUCAAAGACAUUUCGCAAGACUUUAAUUUUACAAGACCUCUACUAUUUUCGCAACAUAAACGUAUCGGAACAUAUUCCGCCUUUUCUCCCAGCUCUUUCUUUUAAGGCAGAAAUGAAUUUUGUUUCGAUCAAUAUAAAAAUGAUAACUGUUUCGGUUACUGGAAAUUUUACACGAAAACAAACCAAUAAAUGA